AUGAGUAUAUUCGGCGCAGAGCCUAACUACGAGAUUUCUAUAGGGGGGUUGACCUACAAACACUCACCGAUUGACUCGCCGUCACUCUCCAAUGUUUCCAUGAAAUUGCCGAAGGGCUCGCGCACGAUCCUUGUAGGUGCAAAUGGAGCGGGAAAAUCGACUCUGUUGCAAAUAUUGGCCGGCAAGCGUCUCAUUCUCCAAGAGGACACGCAUGUGCAUAUCAAGGGACGCGAUGUGUUUCGCAAUUCGCCCCCAGGAGUUACCUUCCUCGGGACAGAGUGGGCAAUGAACCCGGUCGUACGGAGCGACAUCGUCGUGCACGACUUCCUUAACUCUGUCGGUGGCUGGCGUCACAAGGAGCGCCGCGACAAGCUACUCGACAUCUUGGACGUCGACCUCGACUGGCACAUGCAUGCUAUAUCUGACGGCGAGCGCCGCAGAGUGCAAUUGGUCAUGGGUCUGAUGUCGGAUUGGGACGUGCUACUACUCGAUGAGGUCACCGUUGACCUCGACGUGCUCGUUCGAGACGAUCUGUUGACAUUUUUGCUGACAGACAGUGAGACGCGGGGCGUUACAAUUCUAUAUGCCACGCACAUCUUUGACGGCUUGAGCAGAUUCCCAACUCAUGUCGCACACAUGCAUCUGGGCACCGUCCUAUCGCAACCCACGCCAUGGCCGUUGACACCUGAGUCUGCGGCGCAGGUCGUAUCCGUAGACUUGGGUCCCAACCCGCCACUCUACAAGUUGGCGCUGCAGUGGCUGCGGGAAGAUCGGGAGCUCAGACGAGAAUUGGAAAAGCAGGGGCGCAAGACGCGGGGAGCGCGAAUCGACGAGGUCCCGACGGAUUCAGAGACGUUUUAUCGAAAAUAUGAUUACAGCCACUGA